AGUACUUAUAAAUAGUGUAGCUUCAAAAUACAAAAGUUCAUCAAAUACAUUUUCUUUAGCUCAUUUGCAGCCAUGGGAUUUUUGAAAAUCUUUCUAAUUUUCAUCUUUUGCUCUUUCCCAUGGCCUAGUAUUCAGAGUGAUUUCGAGACUUAUAUAGUCCAUGUUGAAAGCCAAAUUUCUUCUCAAUCAUCGUUAACGGAUUUAGAGAGCUAUUACCUUUCUUUUUUGCCUAAAAGUACUACAACAAUUAGCUCAAGUGGAAAUGAAGAGGCUGCUAGCAUGAUCUACUCCUAUCACAGUGUGAUGAAAGGCUUUGCAGCAAGAUUAACUGCAGCACAAGUGAAGGAAAUGGAGAAGAAACGCGGCUUUGUCUCUGCUCAGAAACAGAGGAUUUUGUCCUUGCAUACUACUCAUACUCCAAGUUUUCUUGGUUUGCAACAGAACAUUGGUGUAUGGAAGGAUUCAAACUAUGGGAAAGGUGUGAUCAUCGGAGAUAUAGACAAUGGAAUUUUUCCUGAUCAUCCUUCAUUUAGCGAUGUUGGGAUGCCUCCUCCGCCUGCUAAGUGGAAUGGAGUUUGUGAGUCUAAUUUCACUAACAAGUAUAACAACAAGCUUAUUGGAGCGAGGUCUUACCAACUUGGCAAUGGUUCCCCGAUAGACGAUACAGGACAUGGUACACACAUAGCAGGCACAGCUGCCGGAGCCUUUGUGAAAGGUGCUAAUGUAUUUGGGAAUGCUAAUGGUACAGCGGUUGGUGUUGCCCCUCUUGCCCAUAUAGCCAUAUAUAAGGUAUGCAAUUCUGAUGGUUGUGCUGAAAUUGAUAUCAUAGCCGCUAUGGAUGCAGCUAUAGCUGAUGGCGUAGAUAUUCUUUCUCUGUCUCUUGGUGAACGUAGUAGGCUUCCUUUCCAUAGUGAUAAUAUUGCUCUCGGGGCGUAUAGUGCAACAGAAAGAGGUAUUCUUGUAAGUUGCUCUGCAGGCAAUAGUGGUCCAUUCAGAGGCUCGGUAGAAAACACAGCCCCGUGGAUUCUUACUGUAGGCGCCAGCACUAUUGAUAGAAAGAUGAAAGCUACUGUUAAGCUAGGAAAUAGAGAGGAAUUUGAAGGAGAAUCUGCUUAUCAUCCAAAGAUUUCCAACUCAACAUUCUUCACUCUAUUUGAUGCUGGAGAAAAUAUAAGUGAUCAAUCUGAAACCCCUUAUUGCAAACCAGGGUCACUCAAUGACACUGCUGUAAGAGGAAAGAUAGUAUUAUGUUUGGCAGAUGGUGGCGUUCCGGGGGUUGAUCAAGGACAAGCUGUAAAGGAUGCUGGAGGUGUUGGCAUGAUUAUCAUCAACAGUCCAGAUGACAGAGUCACUAAAUCAGCUGAUGCUCAUGUUCUUCCAGCAAUGGAUGUUUCAGCUGCAGAUGGAACGAAAAUUCGUGCCUAUAUGAACUCAACAUCGAACCCUGUUGCUACAAUCACAUUCCAAGGAACGAUAAUUGGGGAUAAAAAUGCUCCUGCAGUUGCUUCAUUUUCUUCUCGCGGACCAAGUAGAGUUAGUCCUGGCAUCUUGAAACCUGACAUAAUCGGUCCUGGUGUUAAUAUCCUUGCUGCUUGGCCUACCUUCGUGGAUGACAACAAAAACACCAAAUCCACAUUCAAUAUCAUAUCAGGCACCUCAAUGGCUUGCCCUCAUCUUAGUGGCGUAGCAGCUCUGCUGAAGAGCGCACAUCCUGAUUGGUCUCCUGCUGCUAUUAAGUCUGCAAUUAUGACAACCGCUGACACAUUAAACCUUGCAAAUAGUCCAAUACUAGACGAAAGGCUCAUUCCUGCUGAUAUCUUUGCAAUUGGUGCAGGACAUGUUAAUCCAUCGAGGGCAAAUGAUCCAGGACUGAUUUAUGAUACACCAUUCGAGGACUAUGUACCUUAUUUAUGUGGUUUGAAAUACACAAGUCGAGAGGUAGGUUACCUGUUACAACGCAAGGUGAAAUGCUCGGAGGUAAAAAGUAUCCCUGAAGCACAACUAAAUUAUCCUUCAUUUUCCAUCAGACUUGGAUCAACUCCUCAAACAUACACCAGAACUGUGACCAACGUUGGUGACGCCAAAUCAUCUUACAAGGUGGAAAUAGCUUCACCAAAAGGCGUUGUCAUGAAAGUUAAACCCUCCAAACUAAAUUUCUCAAUGCUGAAUCAGAAAUUGACAUACCAAGUGACAUUUUCCAAGACAACCAACAGCUCAAACCCUGGGGUUAUAGAGGGAUUCUUGAAGUGGACUUCUAACAGGCACUCUGUGAGAAGUCCAAUUGCAAUUGUGUUAUUCUAGUGAAACUACAAGUACUCAUUUUGAUUGUAGUUGAAUGUUGUUACUCCCUCCGUCCUAUUUUAACCGACGAUAAUUUAUUUGGCGGAGUCAAAUAAUUUUCUUUUUGACUAUAAUUUUUCCUUGCUAUUCAAAAUAUUUUAAACUUUG